AUGGCCCACGAGUCCAGCCGGCGCCAACUCACGCUGCUGCUCAGCGUCCUCGCGCUGCUCUGCCACUCGACCUGCGCCCUCGCAACCGUCUACCUCCCCGACGAGCCACUGCACCUCGCCCGCCACCUGACGCUCUAUUGCGCCCUGGCCGCCGUCUUCAGUCUACUCGGCCUCGUCGGCACCAUUCGGCGAUCCGCAACUCUCGUUUCCAUCUUUGCCAACCACCUGCUCCUCGAUGCGGUGCUGACGACGAUCCCCCGCAUCAUCCUGCUCACCUUCCUCUCGACGCUGCCCAGCACCCUGUGCGGGCCCAACGACUUCCCCAACCUGUUCCACCCGCCCACGACGCCGAGCCUGCCCUCGGCCGCCGGGGGAGCCUCGGCCCUCGAGCCCCGCGACGGCCCCGGCGGCCACUGGAGCCGCGACCGCUGCUUCGUCCUCAUGAACACCCUGCUCGGCGUCGUGGCCUGCUUGGCCGUCGCGAGCGGCGUCGCCCAGUGGUGGUGCGCCCUGCGCGUCCGUGACUUUGCGCGCUUCCUGGCUGGCCGCGAGCAGCUGGGCCAGCCGGCCGCUGCUGCCGGUUGGGAGAGCAGGGACUGCGAGAAGGUGCUCCUGCACGAGGAGUGGAGGGCCGUCGACAGGCAGCAGUACCCCGCCGAGAAGCAGUGA